AUGAGUGCUGUAAAAAUACAAAAAGAAAAUAUUAAAAAAAAAAUCGAAGAAGGUGUUUUCAAAACAUGUUCAAAACCAAAAUUAGCAACAGCGUCGUGGUGGAACACAUUUAUUCGAAUCACAGAUGAAAGAGAAAACAUUAUACCAUUUGUACAAUGUUUAAAAUGUUUAUCAAUUUUCUCGUAUGAGGCAAAUAAAACCGGUUCAAGUACUCAUAGAUCACAUGCUCAAUGUUGUUUUGGUGGUGGUGCUCCUAGUCCAAGUAGAAAUCAAGAUAUUAGUACACUGAUUAAUAAGAAUAAAAAUAUGUUUGCUGGUGCAAAGAGUACAUUUACUGAAGCAUGUGCUAAAUUUUGCGCUUACGAUUUACGCCCUUUUGAAAUAGUUAAUGGUUAUGGUUUCGAAGUCUUAUGUCAAUCAAUAUUAGAUCUUGCACAUCAACAUCCUCAUCUUACUGAAGCAAGAUCUAUUAUUAGUGAUCCAACAACAAUUUCACGUAGAGUGAAAAACCUAGCUGAAGAACAUCGUUUAGCAUUAAUUGAAACAUUGUUACCUGAUCUGAAGAAAAUAAAACUAUUUGGUGUUACAACCGAUUUUUGGAAAAACAAGUUGUCUUCAGAAAGUUAUUUAACCGUGAACGUGCAUUACAAUAAAAAUGGAUAUAUGAAACAUCUAGUAUUAAAAACUGUUUUAGUUAAUGAAGCUAAAACUGGUGGUAACGUAAUAACUUGA